AAACGAAGAUUUGUCGCGACCGUGUUCGCAGGGUUCCUCUUGUGUUUCGUUGCUAGCGAAGAAAAGAAUUUAUAUUUGUUCCAACAAGAACUUGAGGCAUUUUGCAAAGGUUAUGAAAAAUCGCUUGAAACUCCCUGCAAGGUGGAUAAAAAGCCAAGUGAAAUUUUCAAAGAUUUCGAUGAUUGGUAUGAUAUAAACAUCAGUUACGUGUCCAGAUGUGUAGAGUUUUUAAACUCACAUUUGGCUACUGUUAUAAACAUUGGUUUGGUGAAUCAAUCUCUAGCAAUUGAGGGCUGUGAUGAACGAUGCAAAGAGGACAUACAAAGAUUCGUCAGCGCGUGUAGUUUAUCAAAUUUAUUGAGCAUUCCGAUGAUAACGGAUAGCAAUUGUGAGCUGUUGAAGCAAUUGUAUUUAAAACAAAAAGAAGUCAACACAUUGAGAAUCGCAGAAUCAACUUUCAAUUUUGAUCUAAAGCUAAAUGAAGAGGUUUGUGAUAUAUGUAAAAACUGGGCUAACACGAUGACAGGUGGCAAUCAAAAUGAUCCCAUCUUUCUGCGACAAGUUAUGGAGAAUUACAAACUAAAAGUCAUUCAAGAUAUGAACUCGUUAAAACGAUUGUUAAGGGAAGCUGAGGCAGAUCAUUAUGCUCUGUUCAAGGCUUUCGUGUUUCUAAGAAAGUGCCCCAGUAGCCCUAUUGUGAUGUGGCACAUUCGUAUGGAGGCGCUUGUGUCUAUGCCAAGGAGUAUUUGUUAUGUUAUUGCUGUUUUGGAUGAAUUCAUCACAGACAAAGGAGGAUUUGCUAAAAUACGCGCUGGCCCAGCGAUGCCUUAAUCGAUGCCUCAUUUGGCCGUUUCAAAUUUUGUCGCCAUACGUUUCUAUUCUUAAGUAUUUUCUUAUUAUGAAUACUCGAUUGAUAUCCAAAUUUAUAUUUUUUCAUCCAAUUCCUUCCUAUUGUGGACGUCUGAAUUCGUCACCAACACAACUUCUGUUUGUGAUUAGCGAAAGUAGAGUAAGAUAUACGUCAUUUUGCAAUUUCCGCCGUCUUCACUCCAACAUUGCCGAUUUUGGCAACAGUUUGUCCGAUUACGUCAAAAAGACGUGCCAUUUAUGUGAAUCGUGUACAGUCAUAGACAGACGUGAAAGCAAUAAUGGGUUAUGUUUAGAUUUCGAUAUACUUUUGAACAGCAAAAUUGGCUCAGCGACAUCACCUUGAAGUCUGGCUGUCACUGUUUAGCAACCAUUUCUAGAAUACAUUAUUUGUUUCUUGGUAGAAUAAUAAAUAAACUUUUUCCUUUAUUCAUCACUACCUCUA